AUGUCCUCUCUCCCCCGAACCUACUACUUCGCCUACGGCUCCAACCUCUGGCGCACCCAAAUGAGACAACGCUGCCCGCAGAGCACUCUCAUCGGGACCGGUCUCCUUCCAUCCUACUGCUGGUUCAUCUACACACGAGGCUACGCCAAUAUCCGGUCCUCGGCCCCAGACGACUGCUACGGAGUCGUCUACAGCCUCACCGACACGGACAUCGCGCUUCUGGACGGCUACGAAGGUGCACCAUAUGUAUAUGAGCGUGUGUUGCGCGACGUGCAGAUGUUGGAUGAUGGCAGGGUGCUGCGGUGCGUGGUGUAUAUCGACCGGAAUGUGAAGGAGGGUGUGGUGAGGGAGGAAUAUAUAAAGAAGAUUAAUGACGGGUUGAAGGAUGCGUGCGAGAUCCCGGAAUGGUGGAUAAAGAGGUAUGUGAGGCCGUAUGUACCGGCGGUGGCGUAG